AUGCAUUCUAUUCAGAAUGGAGCUAUGUAUAGUGAUACUAGAAAAAGAGCUGUACUGUAUUACAUGAUAUCUUUAUUUUGUAAUUUUAUAAAAAUAGUAUUAAUAGUACUUGAUAUAUUAGCAUUUAGCUGCUUUACCUUACUGUCUUUACUCUUUAUGUUUUUUGGAUAUUUUGGAAUAGUCUCAAAUAAGCCGUCCGUCGUUCAUGCUCAAAUAUAUAUAGGAACAGUUUACAUUGAUAUAAUGUUAAAUUUUUUGAUUACUUUUUCUAAUUUUUACAAUAUAUUUAGAAUAUCAACGUGGAACAUGGAAUAUUGGGAAAAAUAUAUACCUAAUAGUGAUUUUUUUUAUUCCCUUUCUUUUUUAAUUAUUUCUUUUUGCAUUCUUUCAACAUUGUUUAACAUUUUUGCCAUAUAUCAUGCUCAAAGGUUUACUAAUUUAAUGAAAUCUCUUCCAAAGGAGAAGGAAAAUGAAAAACAUUCAUUUAAUAUGAAUAAAAUGGCAUAUUCUUUUAGUGAACAAAAUAGUCUGAAACUUAUAAAAAUGGAAAGUGCGAAGGAAAGGAACCAUUAA